AUGCGCAAUGAGCCAGCUGUAUUACGACAAGGCGGAGCUUCUCAUGGACUAUGGAGCCGAUCCACGGCCUUCCAGCGAGGAAGACAACACGUUACUCUCGUCAACGCCACUCGGUCGAUGAAGUGCAUGUUGAUCGCCAAGUUGCUCGAGCGGGGCUUCGAUGCGAAUGAGAAGAGCGACACUGGCGAGACGCCUCUCUCACUCGCUGUGGCUGCUGGUUACUUGGAAGUCGCUGAGCUUCUCCUCCGUCACGGGGCGGAACCCAACAUGCGCAUAGGAUCUUUUCCGUCUCUUCUAUUAUUGGCUAUUGCAAAGGGAUACGUUGAAGUGGCCGAUGUUCUUCGCAAGUACGGUGCGAAGGAAAUGUGCGAGGAGAUUCAUGUUGAUGAGGAAGACUACCUGGCCGGUGUGGCUGAAUGCUGUCGUCUGAGUGUUAUAAUUUUCCUGCCCUUGCUUUGUGGGACAGCGAGUACAUUGAAACGUCUUAGCCCAUGUAUGUAA